AUGAGAGAUGAAUUUCUCAAACUCAAGUUGGAGCUAGAGGAGCUAAAAGCAUCCAAAGCAAGUAGUGGUGAGGAGGAGGUGAUUAGAUCUGGUUCUUCAUCCUCAAAGAAUAGGAGCAGACCUGAAAAAUGUGAUUUGGACACCUAUGACCCAAAGAUCAAGUACCCUACCUUCCAGGGUAAUAUAAAUCCAGAUGCAUACCUUGAUUGGGAGAUGAAGUUUGAGCAAAUCUUCAGAAUGAAUGACUGGCCAGAAGAAAAGAAGGUAAAAAUUGCUUCAUAUCAAUUUUUUGACUAUGCUAUUGUUUGGUGGGAAGAUUUACAGCUUAAAAGGCGCCUUAAGGGCAAAGGACCACCUCAUAUAUGGUCAAAACUAAAGAAACUCCUGCGCAACAAGUAUGUCCCUAGUUACUACUACCGAGAGCUAAAUAGAAAGUUACGACUGUUUGGCCAAGGCUCUAUGACUGUAGAUGAAUAUGUGCAUGAACUUGGCCAAACAGUCGUAACUUUCUAUUUAGCUCUCGGUAGUAGUAACUAG